AGUAGUUGGCAUAAAUGCACACCUUUAAAUUGCUUGCCAACCGCCAUUACACAACAAGAAGAAGAACAAGGGUGGAAGUGCGAGUAUUUGGACCGGGGCUACCUUUAGAUGGCAGUAAUACACCUUUAUGGAUGUAAUCUGCGACUAAACUCCCCAGAAGAAGAUCCCAGCCGACGUAUUCUAUAGUUUAUGGCAGACGUGGCAAACGGCCGGUCACACAUUUGUUGAGCACUUCCGAAACAGCAAUCUGAAUCUGGACUAAAGCUAAGCUUUGUAGCAAAGAAGAUGAUGGAAGAAAGUGGGAUUGAGACAACGCCUCCUGUGAGCCCAACACCUUUAUCACUCGCUGCCUCAGCCAGCAUUCCACCACUCACCAGUGGUCUGUCAAGUCAGCAUUCUCUCUCUGGAACCAGCUCUAUCACAAAUUGUUCAACUUCCAUUUCCAACUCUCCUCCAUCCAUUGAUUCCCUUCCUCACUUCAGUAGCUCUUUGACCACGCCAUGUUCCAUUCUCUCCCAGUUCCCCCCUUCAUCAACUCUUGUCUUACCUUUCCCUACCAGUUCUACCUUCCCUGUGGAUUCCCCCCCUUUGCCUCAUCUACCUUCUUCUGUUAGUCCUCUCUUAGCAGCUGGUAUGGCUGCCCCUCCCGUACACCCACCCAUGACAGGCUUCUUUACAAGUGCUGGAUACGACAUCACAAGGGGUCAUGCUGGACGAACACCACAGACGCCCUUGAUGCCUACAUUCUCUAAUGCUUCUCCAAUGCCAGGUGUUGUGUCUGACACCAUAUAUAAGCAUUCAGCAGUCACAGGAGGACUAAAUACUGGAUCUUCAAUUACUUUCCCAGAGGAGGAAGAGGACCCCAGAGUGUCUGAAGACACCACUUCCCCAACAGGGAUCUGGGGUUUUUUAAAGGGAGUAGCAGGUAAUCCCGUGGUAAAAAACGUCCUAAAUAAAACCAAACACUCAGUAGAGUCCAUGAUCACUACUCUGGACCCUGGCAUGGCACCAUACAUCAAGUCAGGUGGAGACAUUGACAUUGUAGUGGCUUCUGAUAAGGACAUGAGCGUGCAAGCUGUCAGAGAGGCCUUCCAGGAGGUUUUUGGGAUGGCAACGGUCACAGGAGAGCCAAGUCAGUCCAACAUUGCCCCUCAGCCAGUGGGCUACGCAGCUGGAGCUAAGGGUGCUCAAGAACGCAUUGAUGGCUUGCGUCGAGCUGGUGUGAUUCAUGAGAAGCAGCCUGUAGUCGCUUUGGAAAACUUCAUAGCUGAACUUUUUCCAGAGAAGUGGUUUGACAUUGGCUGUUUAAUCUUGGAAGACCCUGGUCAUGGCAUCUGCGUGGAGGUCUUCACACAGGCAACUCCUCUGACACUGGAUCACAUUCAGCAGGCUCAUUCCCUUACACCGCCUGACUACAGCCUGCGUUGGUCCGGCCUGGUUGUUACAGUGGGAGAGAUCUUGGAGCGCAGCCUGCCAAACAUCAGCAGAACAGAUUGGCACAAGUCUGUAACAGGAUUAAGCCAACAUCAUAUAAUCCAGUGUGCAGCCAAAGUUCUUGCUGGACUUUACAAACAGCAGCUGCUUCCCUGGACUCAGUGAGGCUGACUGGUAACAGAUUCCGUAGGGACACAGAAAUGGCCAUGAAAGCUACUGUUCUACUUUUGGAUUAGAUGUAUCCAUUUGUGCCCACUGAGAUUUUCUAAGUGUGUUUUUAAAUGCAGCAAGAUUUCAACAAAGUUGUUUUUCUGUAUUGCGUUAUUCUGACAUUGUAUUAAUUUCUUUUACUCAUUAAUGCAUGUCAUUUUCCGACUUUCCUGUGGUAGCACAGAAAGUAUUGCAAAGUGCAAUGCUGGGUCUGUCUUGUAUUUUUAAGGGAUAGCCCCAGUAUCCUUACAAAACGAUAAUUUUCAAAUGUAAAUACAAAGCUGAAUUUCUCCUACAGUUAAUAAAUGUUUUUUCUGCAGGCUG